UUCCUCUCGGCCUCUCUGUUUCGUUGGCCUUUUCUACCGUCUGUGUUAUUUUCACCGCAAAGAUAAGGCUUUGGUGAGUGGCGAAUCAAUGCGUGAAGGAUAAUGGGGUGCAUCUCUAGGGUAAUUGGGUCUCGAGUGAGGAGUUCAGAGAUGAGAAUACGUGCGGUGAUGAAGAAGAAGACUCCGCCGGAAGGAGUGAGUGGUGGAGAGGAUGAGGGUCGAGGGAGUCCUGGCGGGUUUUUGGCACUUGUCUGUGUUGUCCAUUUUCUGUCAUUAAAUUCCUUAUGGCAGGACUAGAGUUUCGCUUUAAAUUUGGUGGAAUUAAUCAGGUCACAUGGUGCCUAACAUCCUCAAACCAGUGAAAGGUCUGAUAUAUUAACUUUCUGUUUUGGGAUAUAUGGAUUUGGACUAAAUUUAACAGGCCAAAAUCUAUCAAAUCCAAGUAUCCAACUAAUGGCACAUAUGAUGGAAGGUAUGGAUAGGGAUUAUUUAUUUUGAGGCCUAAUUGUUACCCAAAAAACUAUAGCUGUGCUGUAAUUUGUGUUAACUUAUGAAUAUUAAAUCGAUACGGCACUGCCAAUACAAUGUUGCCUAACUUUUCAAUCUGAUUAUGACAAUUUUCAAUAUCAUUGAAUAAAUAUCCGCAUUAAAUUUAAUCUCUUGUUUCUAACCCUAGCCGCACUCACCUUCCUCGUGUUUCUCUUUUGAUCCCUUUUUCCCUUUCUUCUCUGCCUCCGCCGCCACCGUCUUUUCCCUCUUGUGGCGCUCUCCGUUCCUUUUCUCUUUCCUUGUCCCCGCAUGGUAAGUCUUUUUUUGAGUUUUUUCCCUAGUAGUAAUAUAUCAUUGGAGUCCUUGACAAUUGCACUUCUCAUUUCUAAUAAUUUUUAUACCAUCUCUUUCAUUGUAUAUCUGACAGUUUCUUUUGCGUUUAUUUUGCAGCAUCAAAUGGAUGGCGAAUUCAAUCAGCUACCAGACUCUUCAAGCUCUAACCACGUGGUGAUAACAGGCCUUGGAAGGGGAGCAGACCAUGGUGUGAGCACUGCAAAAAGGAUGGACAAUUUUUGUGAAACUUGCUGGAAAAUUCAUGGCACGAUUGGAAACCCAAACCCUGUAUUGAACAAGGCCAUGCUAAUAUGGCUGCAACCUCUGAAGCAUCACCCAAUGAAGUCAGUCCUUUCUAAAAAAUUCAACUUGAGGCACUGCAAAAGCUUUUUGGGCAGAUAUCUGUUGCACAACAAUCAAUUCCACCUUCAACUGUAACUCUUUUAGUAUGAUGAGUCAUCAAGGCACCACCUCUCACACAUUUGCUACAAAUUCCAAUAACACAGGUCUUUGGAUUGUGGAUUCUGAAGCAUUCGACCAUAUGUCAGGCAGCAAGUGUCGGAAGUGGUUACUAAUGAGCCCAUGGUUGAGACAAAUCCAAAGAAGGAUGUUAAUUUGUUCUUCCAAUUGAUUGUUAAAGGAGCACUUGGGCAAAACAGUUCAGAGUACAAUAAAUAUAUUCAGCUCCUUGAAGAUUACCGGGAGAACAGAAUUGAUAUCGUUCAAUAUGUACUAAAGGGAAAGCAACUCCUAUAUGACUACCCAGAUCUUUUUGCUGGAUUUAAUAUCCUUACAGGUGUUGGAGAUUAUGCAUUGAAUCCUUCAAGAAAGUGCUCCGUUCCAAAGGAACUACUUUCUAGAGCAAUUGUCUUGUUUGACCUACUGAAGAGUUUGCAGGAUAGGCGAUACGCUACCCUUCUAAUGGUAUAUGAGGAAUAUCAGAAAGGGAGAAUAUGCCGUGAGGAGAUGCUGGGAGAGGCGAAGUAUCUUUUCCUGUCACAUUAUGGGGUAGCAGAGUUGGCUGAGGAAUUGUAAAUGCAAAGCAGGAAAAGAGAGAGAUUUGCAGAAAUGAAGAAGGGGAUGAUUCUCUGUGUGUUUGUAUGUGUGUGUGUUUUUUUUUUUUUAUAAUAAAUCUCUUGUAAUCUCUUUUUCCUGUGGCUUUGUUGAAGAGAACUUUUUAGUUAUUUGCCUAAGUUGAAAAACAUGUACCCUGUAACUCAAAUUACUCUGAGGUUAUUUGCCAAUAGGCUUUUGGUAUUUGAAUUUGGAGCAGGCUUCAUUGA